AUAAGCUGAACAUAAACCUGCGCAAAAAUCACAAAACUAGCAGAAUUGUGAAGGCAACAGCAACUCAGAGCAACAGUUGAUCAUUUGCACAUCAUAGCGCAACAAGAGUGAAUCGAGUUGAGCCAAAUGAUGAGCAGAUCGAACCAAGCAAGAGGAGACGGAGACGAAGCAGAAGCAGGAGAAUACCAAAAAAACAAACAACGCCCACAAUUCCAAGACGAAACACAAUCCACUGCCGGCGAACAAACAAGAAUAAGAAUAAGAAAAAUAGAACAAAGGAUCACCUAAUGAAUUUAACAAAGAUGAAGAAAAAGAGGAGGAGGAAGAAAAGAAGUGAGGCAGAUCAGAUUGUUACCGGCGCGAAACGGAAGCUUGAAAUGGGGAACUGGCGGCGGCGGCGGCGACCCUGCGUCCCGAUUCAAACAGCGAAGAGCAGGAGGGGAAAGAGGACGGGGAAGCUCGAGGAGAGAGCGCGGAAGGUGCCGCCGGCGUAGGAAAAUGGUAGAGCGUAGGAUGAAAAGUCGCGAUGAGCGAAGGAAUUGAGACGGGAGAGGAGUCGAGGAGAAGUGGUUGGAGUUUUGCUUUUGACUUUAAUAGGAAAAAAUAAUAAUGAUGAUAUGAUUUCAUAAAUGUGUCAUUCCUUUCCUCCCUGCCAGUGCCAGUUCCAGUCUUCUCUUCCCUAAAUCUCUCUCUUUAACACACAGAUACGCCAAAGCGAAUAAUUUACGUGAUUCUCGAAAUUCAACACGCCUAGUAUGCAGACAGUGUGAGCAACGGGAAAUGCGUAUUUUGAUAUAUUUAGGGAUGACAAUGGGUCGGGUUCGGUCGGGUUUUGCCAAAUCCAAAUCCAAACCCAUGGCUUUUUCCGUGAAAAAAACCGGGGUAAAACCCACUGAGUUUUGAAAAACUCAAACCCAACCCAACCCGCUGGCUAUCCACGGGUUCAUGCGUACCCACGAGUUUUUGUCGUAAAAAAUUUACAAUAACAAGUUUCUAUCUAAAUGAAAGUCAAAUAUCAAUCUCUCAAUACAAAUUAUCCAUAUAUAAAACACCAUUCUGGAAAAUUCAAGCAAAUCACAAAUUAAUUAUACAAAUUGUUCAAAACCAAUCUAGAAAACUCAAGAAAACACUAUGUUUGGUCUCUGAGGAAAUGAGAAUAAAAAGUUGAUGUCUUUUUUACUUCUGAUCCAGAUUUGACGGGAAGUUUAUGCUGGAGAAGCUGAGGAACAAGCGGUUGGUGUUUGUUGGGGAUUCGCUGGGGAGGAAUCAAUGGGAAUCCAUGUUAUGCUUGUUAUCCUCUGUUGUUGCCAACACGAGCUCUGUUUAUGAAGUGAAUGGGAAUCCUAUUACGAAGCACAAAGGGUAUUUGGCGUUCAAGUUCGAGGAUUACAAUUGCACGGUGGAAUAUUACAGGUCUCCGUAUCUUGUUCCGAUGGGCAGGCCUCCUCCUGGGGCGAAGGUUCGACUAACGCUGAAACUGGAUCUAAUGGAUUGGAGCUCAACCCAUUGGAGGAAUGCUGAUGUGUUGGUCCUCAAUUCAGGGCAUUGGUGGAAUUAUGGCAAGACAAUCCAACAGUAAGUCUGAUGAACAAUGAAGGUUAUGGCGGCUAAUUAUUGACACUAACCAUGUAUCAGUAAUUAGUAAUUAUAUGGAUGUGGGCGGUAGGGGAAAGAAAAUGAAUAAGAAAAACUUUA